AUGGACCUCCUCGACGGUCCGGACGAACAGAGCAUCCAUGACUGGGUGACGAAAAUCGAAAAAGCCAAAGCCAAAUCCAUGAAGAAGAAGGGCCAGCUUGUCAAAGAUCACCCCUCCGCGUCCACUCUCAAUACCGAGUUCUUUGCGAAACUCAUGGCAAGAUUCCUCACAGCGCCCUCAUCAACUCCUGGCUCAGGUAUCUUUGAGAAGAUUCUUGGAACCCGCUACCCAUUCCCAAACUCAAAGAUCCUUGACGAGUACAACAAGAGUAUCCCCAUCACGCAGGUGCCUGCGCCUUACCCGCCGUGUACCAUCGCAGAAAAAGAUCUGAAGCCGAUCAAGAUUUCCGAGAUGCAACUUGAAACUCAUCAUCGCGGACGAAAGGUUCUUCUCCACAUAUUGUCACCCCCAGACCGUACCGAGUCGAUUCUGGCAGCCGCAGAGGACGAGAACGGCACAGGUAUCUUACUGCAACUAUUUCAACAGCCUGAGGAGAAGCAGAUCCCCUGCAAUGUUAGUAUUCUCGACUACAAAGUUUGCAUUGUCAAGGAUCCUUUCUUCCAGCGAGCUUUCGACAGCGAUUCCUAUGGACCAUUCGAGAAACAGACAGCCUACUAUUGCCUGCGGAUUGACCACCCCGGCGACAUCAUUGGCGUACCUCAUGGCGACGAGAGAAUCCCUGAGAAAUGGAGAGGCGACGUGAUAAUGGAUGAAAGGAACAGCAGUUCCGGCUACCGUGAGAAAGGCAACAAGGCCUUUCGUAACAAACAGUGGGGUAAUGCCCAUUUCGAAUACACGCAGGCUCUUGUCGAGGCGGAUACUCUCGAAGACAAGCAACUUGCUCACCUGAACCGAUCUCUUACGAACCUCAAGCUUGGUCGAUCUGCCAAGGCCCUUUCAGAUGCCACGGAAGCUUACGACCCCAGAGUUCCUUCCGAAAAGGCUUUGUUUCGCCACUACACUGCCCUCUACAACCUUCAACGAUUCGAGGAAUGUGAAGUGAUGCUCCAGACAGUCUUGGAUGCAUUUCCCGACAGCAUGGUGGCCAAGACGACCAUGCAGCGGGUCAAGUCUAGACUGCAGGAAGAGCGCACGGGGAACUACAACUUCAAACAGAUGUAUGAACACGCCAAAGCAACGGAAGGGCCCCCUCUGGUUGACUGCGCUACAUUCUCCACUUCCGUUGAGAUUCGAGACUCGCCUGGUCGUGGACGCGGACUUUUCACCACCAAAUCAGUAUCAGCAGGAGAAUUGCUUCUCGUUGAGAAAGCAUUUGCCUACUCUUUCAUGGACGAGACCCGCCUCUUGGACCAGGUCACCUAUAUGGUGAACUUCAAUACCAAGCGCAUCACAGCGGGCGCAUCUGCUAAUCUCUGGUCUCAGGUCGUCCAGAAGUUGUACCAUGAUCCGGACUCUCUCUCUGCCUUUGAAGGACUUUUCGACGGGGGGUUCAAAAAGGUUAAGGUUUCUGAAUGUGACGGAGCUCCCGUUGUGGAUUCCUUCCUUGUGGAGAAAGUCCUCUCACUCAACUCAUUCGGUUCCCCGAGGACGACUCGCGACUUUUGCAAGAACGUCAUUUGGAGUGGCAAAAAAACUCCUUCAUCCCGCGAACGGCCCAUCUACACCAGUGCCGGUGUCUGGCUCCUUGCAGCUAGGGUCAAUCACUCAUGUGUCGGCAACUGUCGACGUUCUUUCAUCGGCGAUAUGCAGAUUAUUCGUGCCGCACGCGACAUUCCUGCCGGUACUGAGCUGACGUUUCCGUACCGUGCAUCCGCGGACAACGAGUCAUACGAGGAGACCCAGGAAAAGUUGGCCAAGUGGGGAUUCGUGUGUGAUUGCGAAUUGUGCAAGGAACGACACAAGACUACCGAUACCGUGCUGCUUCAACGCAGGAAGCUCCACAACGACUUUAUGAAUCAGCUGCCCAGCGACAAACCUUUUGACUUUGAUAAAGCCACCAAGCUUCUCAAGGGUUUUGAGAAGAUGUACCGCGGCAAGCCUGCCAAACAGAUUCGCUGGCUACUCGCAGAUCUCUAUGGGUACACUGGGAUCCGUUGCCGCCAGGAUGGAGAUUUUGUUGAAGCUGCCCAAAUGCUCAUCAAGGCUCUCGAGGCAAUGGGCUAUGUGAUUCACGCAACUGCGCCCGGGGAUGCCCGUGGCCAGUCUCGUUUUGAGGUCAAGCACUGGGGAAUGAUGGAACUCCACAUCCCAUGGCUCUUCUUCCAACUAAUUGAGUGCUAUGAUGAGAUUGACCCACAGCUAGUCCAACCUGCUGAGCAUUACGCUCGCUUGGCGUACUCCAUCAUUGUUGGAGAGGGUGAAUCCAUGUGGGACGUGUUGUCGGCUACUGGCAACCAGUAUGGGUCUGUCGAAGAAGGCUACGAUUUAGAAGGCAAUGAUGAAUGA